UUUUCAUAUGAAACGUAACGGUCGUCAAUCGAGUUUCAAAAUACCACCGGGGACGUUUUAUUUAGCCUUCAAAAGUCUGAUAUUACCCAUUCACUGAGCUCCAACGUUUUGCCCCCAACACGCGCAGCACAGGCUUACUUGGGACUUCAGAAGCUUAGGUUUAGGUUAGCUGAAGAGGUGUCUAGUUAAAUAUGCAUGUCUAUGGCUCAGACAAAAAGGCAUCGGCUCAAACGCUGCCAUCCAAUCCGUCUUCCAUCCUCACCCGAAACGUUUUUAUACAUCAACCAAUAAGGCUUUACUUCCAAUGCCUCAUUCUUGACGGUACCAUCCCAUACUAAAUAUUGUUCAUUCCUCUAUAUUUUAUGUUCUGCCGUGCAGUCGACUUUGUGACCGAUUCGAGGGUUCUGAUGAUUGAUUUUGCUUAUUGGGUUUAAUGCAGGUUUUAUUCAGAAAACGAGAGGAAAAUCAGAAGCUGCACUUCUGCACACCUUUGAGCAGCAGUAUGAUGCAGGCAGGAGUCUGUCUGAGACAGGACACUGAGACAACACUACCAGAGCUCACUGAGCAGCACAGGAUCAGACCGAAAGAAGAGGAACUCAGUGGACUGGAGUUUGUCCACAUGGCGGAGUCAGAGACAGAAUGUGCUGCAGCAGGACUCAACACACUGGAGCCAGAUUGUGUUACAGCACACAGCGGGGUCAGUGAUGUACACCACACACACACAUCACUGAUUAAAACAGAAACUGAUCUGGGCUCCACCCACACUGGGGAUCUUAAGACAGAGAGCCUAGACUUUACAGAGCUGGGAUAUGUAACUGAUCUGCAUCCUGACCAAAUCAAAACAGAGACUGAUGAUGGAGGAUACCUUAAAGCAGAAUACAUCAGUGAUUUGCAGGAUUUUAAUUUUAAGUCUGAUAAAAUGAAAUGUGAAUAUGAUGAAAGUUUAGUGAGUGAUCUCAUGAAUUCUGUGAUGAAUGGAGCUGGUUUCUUUCAAAACAAGAUAAUUCACAGGAAUAAAAGUGAAAUUAAUACAGAUGAAAAGCCGUACAAGUGUAUGCAGUGUGAGAAGUGUUUUCGUACAAAAUCUGAUUUAAAUACACACCUGAGAAUUCAUACAGGUGAGAAGCCCUACAAAUGUAUUGAAUGCAAGAAGUGCUUUUCCCAAGCAUCUCAUUUAAGUAGCCACCUGAGAAUUCAUACUGGUGAAAAGCCAUACAAGUGUACCCAGUGUGAAAUGUGUUUUCGUACAAGGUCCACUUUAAAAAAACACAUGCAAAUUCAUUCAGGUGACAAACCCUACCAGUGUAUUCUGUGUGGGAAGUCUUAUUCCCAAGGAGGUCUGUUAAGUAGCCACUUGAGAAUGCAUACAGGUGAAAGGCCCUACAAAUGUACUCAGUGUGGGAAGGGUUUUCGUACAAGUUCAGAUUUAAAAAGACACAUGCAGAUUCAUACAAGUGAAAAGCCCUGUAAGUGUGCACAGUGUGGGAAGUGUUUUUAUUCAGAAUCUUCUUUGAAUGUACACCAGAGAAUUCAUACAGGUGAAAAGCCCUACAAGUGUGCACAGUGUGGGAAGUGUUUUUGCUCAGAAUCUUCUUUGAAUGUACACCAGAGAAUUCAUAAAGGUGAAAGGCCAUACAAAUGUACUCAGUGUGGGAAGUGUUUUAGUGCAAAUUCUGUUUUAAAUCAACACCUGAGAAUUCAUACAGGUGAAAAGCCCUACAAAUGUACUCAGUGUGGGAAAUGUUUUUCCCAAAUAACUAAUUUAAAUUGCCACCAGAGAAUUCAUACAGGUGAAAAGCCUUACAAAUGUUCUCAGUGUGCGAAGUGCUUUUCCAAUAUGUCUGAUUUGAACAGCCACCAGAGAACUCAUACUGGUGAAAAGCCCUACAAGUGUACACAAUGUGAGAAGUGUUUUCGUACAAAUUCUGCAUUACGUCAGCACCUGAAAAUUCAUGCAGGUGAAAAGCCAUUCAAGUGUCCACAUUGUGAGAAGUGUUUUAGUGCAAAUUUUGCUUUAAAUAAACAUCUGAGAAUUCAUACAGGUGAAAAACCAUACAAGUGUACGCAUUGUGGGAAGUGCUUUAUUACAAAUUUUGUUUUAAAUCAACACCUGAGAACUCAUACAGGUGAAAAGCCCUACAAAUGUCCUCAGUGUGCCAAGUGUUUUUCCCAUAUAUCUAGUUUCAAUUACCACCAGAGAAUUCAUACAGGUGAAAAGCCUUACAAGUGUGCACAGUGUGGGAAGUCUUUUACUGCAAAUUCUGUCUUAAAUCAACACCUGAGAAUCCAUACAGGUGAGAAGCCUUACAAAUGUACUCAAUGCGGGAAGUGUUUUUCCCAAAUAUCUAAUUUAAAUUGCCACCAGAAAAUUCAUUCAGGUGAAAAUUCCUAAAAAUAUCUCCAGUUUGGGAAGUGCUUUUUGGCUGCAAGUAAUUUGAAAAGCACCCUGUGUGGGAAAUGAGAUUUUUCUACAAAUCUCAUAUAAUUUAAGCAAUGAAAAUUCCUACAAGUGGACAGUCUUUCACAC